UCUCAUCUUAAGGUACAAGAAGAAGCAUCAAUAGUAAGGAAUUGAGUUGUAAAACAAGUUCGUUCCAGCCUGAGAAAAUAGUGGACGCGAAACAACUAGCUGAGAAUUCAUAAACGUACGUUCAUUCUUCAGGAAACUCGAGACACGUGACUCAAAAUGGGAUGUGAAAGGGGUGGAUGUAACAAACCCUCCAGGUGCGGUGGAUCAACCGUCCCCGCAAAUUAUUGCAAAGCUAAGAAAAAGGAUCCACCGUGCGUUCCGUGCACCCCGUGUCCGAAGCGUAAGUACAAGAAAUUGAAGCGUCAAACGUGCGGAUCGAGCAAAGUCAUGGCCAAGAUCAAACCAUCCUUGGCAAUAAGAGAGAGAGUCAGGAAGUCGCACACAUUGUGCGUGAUGAACGAGGAAAAAGUGCAGCAACUCAUGGAGGAGCAGAAUACGAGAGUAAAGAUUCAAGCAUUAGAAAAGAUGUGGAACAUCGGUUUCUUGGAUUACGUGAUGGCCCUAGGAUCCCAAAUGGAAAAAAGUACAAAAGAAUCCGACGGAAAAUGUGAAAAACAGGUUGGACAAGAGGAAUCAGACUCGGAAUGCGAGUCUACCUACUCCGAUAUUAGCCUGCUAGACUUAGGAGAGUUUGCGCUGACGAAAAAGGAAAUCGAUGAGAUUAAUAUAAACGUGCCGGCAUUAAAGAAAGAAGAAAAAGUUGAAGAAAAAGAAGACGAAAAACUUAAAGAAAAAGAAGACGAAAAAGUUGACGAAAAGCCCAAGAAAAAAUGA